CUGCAUCAGUUGGAAACAUGAUGUCUUGAGGAGAGUCAGCUUUCAACAAGAGCAUAGUUAAAAAAUGUUUUUAUUCUUCGUUGUACUUUUGGUUGUGAAUAGCGUGAAAAGCGAACUAAACGAUACUUGUACGACAUCAGUUUACCGGAGUGGAAGUUGUGUACCCGUGAUAGAUUGUCAAUAUGUUUUGAAUAUUAUUAGAUCGGAAGAUCACACCUCUGAGGAUUGGAGUUUCAUUGAUCAUAAUAAAUGUGGCGAAAUACCGGGGAAGCCACCAAGACCAUUGGUUUGUUGCCCAAUCAUUCAGAAUGUGGACGGAUGUGGUAUCUCAAGGAUUGGCCAACGCAUUUAUGGAGGCGAAGAGACUGGUAUUGGUGUUUAUCCAUGGGCAGGACUUAUCGAAUACAGAACGCACAGAGGCAAAUUUGAGAUGUCAUGUGGAUGUGCUCUAGUGCAUUAUCGUUGGGUUGUAACUGCAGCUCACUGCAUUGUCGGAAUCCCGAGAAGACUUACAGUACACGGUGUGCGGUUCAAUGAAUGGGACACUGGGAAGAAGUCUAAUUGUACUAUAAUAAACGAUGUCAAACUUUGUCGAGCAAUAUACGAAGUAGAAGGGCAAUUCUCGCAUCCUUCGUACUCAAUGUAUGAUCCAAACAUGAGACACGACAUCGCCUUGCUCAAAACACGAACACACGUGGAGAUCAACGAUUACGUUAUUCCUAUAUGCUUGCCAUUCAGUGAAAGUAUUCAAGAGCUACGAAUAGAAAACGAAAACUUUAUCGUUACCGGUUGGGGACAAACCGAUAAAGAUACACCUGGUAAGCAACGACAUGUAUCUCUAAUAGGAAAAAAUAGAACCAUUUGCGAUAUUGCGUUCAGACAACAAAUGAUCGAACUAUCGUACGAUCAACUCUGCAUCGGAGGAGAAGCAGGUCAGGAUUCGUGUCGGGGCGACUCCGGAGGACCAUUGAUGUAUGAGAGUGGACUGAUCACGUACGUUGUGGGUGUUGUCAGCUUUGGAGCCCUCAACUGCGGGACUGAAAACCAUCCUGGGGUUUACACAAAGGUUGCCGACUAUUUAGACUGGAUUGAAGACAUAAUGAUAAACAAUUGAACAAGCUAAAACUAAUGAACGCGGCAGAAAAUUAGUGAAAUAAAGAAUCAGUUUUUGUGCAU